AUGAUAAAAGCAUUAUACAAAAGCAUUGUUAAUUUUUUGUUGUCAUCCUUUUUUGAAAAUAUAGAAGAAAAACAAUUACAAACAUCACUUUUAAGAGGAAAAAUACAUUUACAAAAUGUUAAAAUUAAAAAAAACUUUUUUGAUACUUUAUAUUUGCCAUACACAAUUAAAUAUGGUUAUAUUCGUUCAUUAGAUUUACAUAUGCCAUUAUUUUAUUUGUUUCAAAAAGCAACUCUAAAAGUUAGUGAUGUGGUGAUAGUUAUUAAAGAAAAAAAUUUUAAUGAAUUUAAUAUAGAUGAUGAAAUAUAUGGAAUAAAAGAAUUUAAAAAGAAUAAUUUAAAAAUAGAAGAUAUUAAUAAUAAUAUAUAUGAUUUAAAUAAAAAAAUACAUAAAGGGAUAAAUUAUUUAUUAUAUGAAGUUUACAAUAAUAUGUCUAUUGAUAUUGAAAAUGUAGAAGUAAUAUUAGAGAGUGCAGAAAAAAAAAAAUACAUUGUAGGUUUAUUUAUAAAAAAUAUAAAUAGUGUAAAAAGUAAUAAUGAUUCUAAUAAAAUAAUCAAAGAAUUUUCAUUUGUAGACAUAAUAUUUUAUAUGAAUGAUGAUAAAGCUAAAUAUCUAAUAAAUAAAGUAAUCAAAAAGGAGGAAAAAAAAUUAAAAAAUAAAAGAAACAUAAAUGAAGAAGAAAUAUAUAAUAAAAUAAAAAGUAUAUGUUUCAAUUUACACAAAAAAAAAAACAUAAUUUCCGAAAUUCCUGUUAUUGUAAUAAAUACAAAUAUUUAUCUAAGCAAUUGCAAUGAAUAUGUAUACAGAAAUUCGAAAUAUAUUUUUAAAAAAAAUAAUUAUUUUGAUGUCACUUGUUCUCAUUGUGAUAAAUAUUUAUAUCAAUGUAAAGAAAUAAAAAAAGAUAAAAAUAUUUUUCAAAAAAUAUUUUCGAAAAAAGAAAAUAAGCAGAAACAAAAUAGAGAAUCCAUUUAUGAGGUAAGUAAUAAAAGUAUUAAUAAUGAUAAUGAGAAAAAUAUAAAAGUAAAGAGUUUUGUGAAUAUUGCAAAUAAUGAAAUUGAUGAACAGUUAGUUCAUCAAAAUAAUAAAAUAAAAGAGGGAUUAGAUGAGGAUAAUGUGGGAGAAAUGAACGAAAGUAAUGUAUACUUUAAAAUAAAUAGUAUGAAUGAAAAAUUUCUAGAAAAAUUCGAGUUAUUAGAAGAAAAUAUAAAUCUUCGAGAAAAUGAAUAUAUGAGUUUUGAAAUAAAAGUUGAUAAAUUGAAUUUUAUGUUGUCAUUUAAGCAAUUAAAUUAUAUUUUUGAUUUUUUAAAUUUUUAUUUUAUUUAUGGUUAUUUUGUUAAUGGGUUAAGUGUAGAAGAAUGGUUAAAUAUACCAGAAAUCAAUGAUAUUUUAAUAUAUAAACGAGAAUUAACUAAAAAAAAAAAUAAAGAAAAAUAUGACAAAGAUUUUAUUGAAAAAUUUGAAUAUUUACAUAGUUUUCAAAUUAUUUCGAGUCUAAAAAGACAUGUUCUAGAAAAUUCAGAAGAAAAAAAUAAAAAUAAUUCUAAAACCUCUGUUUCUAAUGAUAAUUUAUCUGUAACUUGUAGUUAUAAAUUUAUGAUAAAAAAAAUGAAUUUAAAUGUAUAUAGUUUAGAAAAACUCAAUAAAAUUAUACAAGUAAAUUUUAAUUGUUUUGAAUACAUUUUAAAAUCAUACAUUAAUAAUGAUUUUGCCUACAAUAUACUACUAAGUGAUAUAAAUGUGUGCUUUCAUCAUAAAAAUAAAAAAUAUCCAUUACUUGAAUUUUUUCAUAAUAAUACAAAUGAAAAUUACAAAAAAGAAGAAAAGAAAAGAGAAAAUUUUAAAAAAAAUAAAAGAAAAGGUAAAAAUUACAUUUUUAAUCCUCAUAUGAGCAAUAAUACGUAUUUCAAAAAUAAUUCAACUGUAAAAAAUAAAACAAACAAUGUAUAUAUGAAUGAUAAUUUAAAUGAGGUAAAAUUUAAGGAUAGAAAUCAAAUGAAUCUUGUAUUAGAUGAAAAAUCAUUCAAUUGGAAUUUUUAUGGUUAUAAUGACUUCAAUAAUAAACAGGAUGAGGAUUUAUUGAAAAGCAAAGCACUUUCAAUCUUAAUGUAUAAAAAGUUUGAAACUUCUCAAAGUAAAAUGUACAUUAAAUCUAAUCAAAAUAUUAUAAUUACUCUAGGUAUAAAAGAAAUAUACAGUAUUUUAAACAUAAAUUAUGAUUAUAAAUCGGUAGAUUUAGAAAAAAAAAUUAAACGUUUUAAAAAUGUAUAUUAUUAUUAUCUAUUAGGGAAAAAAUACUGUAAAGAAUUAUAUAUAGCAUCAGAAAAAAAUUUUGUUGAUAUUAAUAUUGAUUUUAUUAACAAUAUUUAUUUUAAUAUUGUUAUAAAUAAGAAAUAUUCUAUAUUAUUAUGUUUUAAAAAAUUUCUAUUAAAUUCUUUUUUCUUUACAAAAACUUAUUUACAUACCCAUUUAAAUAAUUUAUCUAUGUUAAAAAAUUGUAAUGAAGUACCAAAAAAAAAUGAGAAAACAGAUAUUCCUAAUAAUUCCACUGAAAAUGAAUUUUACAAUUUACAUGUUACUAAUAAUAAUAGUCCUAGUUUAUGUUUAAAAAAUGAUAUAGAUGAAAUUUUUAAUGUUGAUACUUUGAAGAAUAAUAAUAAUAAAAAUUUAUACAAUGAAAGUACAAAGAAAACAUUUGAAUUAGAUGAUAUGAAUGCUAGUUUAAAUAGUAAUCAAAAGAAAAUUAAUAAAUCUAAUAUUUAUAAUGAUGUUUCACAUAUAAAUGAUGAAUUAACACAAAUACAUGGAACAUAUCAUCAAGAGCUUUUAAAAAUGAAUAAUUUAGAAGAAUCUGAAAAUAUAAAGAAUAUUUACAAAGGUAAUCAAGAUGACUUAAAUAAAAAAUUACAUUUAAAUAAUUCAAUUGAAAAUGGAUACAAUAAUUUGUAUAAUGCAUCUAACAAUCAGGAAAUUACAAAUGAUACAUAUAAUAUAUAUAAUAAUGAAAAUAAAAUUUUUAAUAAUGAAAAAAAAUAUUUCAAUAGUAACCUAAAUAAAGAGUGUUUGAAUGAUGAAAUAAAUAUAUAUAAAGAAAAUAUAUGUAUGAAAAAUUAUAGAAAUGAAAAAGAUAAGAAUAUGUUAACUACAAUUAAGCAGAAAAGAACGAAUUUUAAAUUUUCCAUUUUUAUUUUAAGAAAGAGAAAAAAGAAAAAAUUAAAAAAUAUUUUGCUUCAUAAAAAUAAAUCAAAUAAUAAGUACAUAAUAAAGCCAUUAAAAAUAUAUAUUGAUGAAAUCACUUAUAAUUUUAAAGAAAACAACGACAAAAAGUUAACAUUUAUUCAUGGAAACAAGAAUUAUUUAAACUUCACUUUAAAUGAUAAAACUAUUUUUAAAAUAAUUUUCUUUUAUUAUCAUUAUAAAUACUAUAUAUAUAAAAUAAUAGAAAAAUUCGAGAAGAAAAAAAAUUCUGAUUAUCUUAAUUUAAAUACUAUUGAUAUACGUAGUUAUAAAACUCUACAAAUUUUAUUAGAUAGUUCUACAUUAAAUAAUCAAAAUGAAAAUAAACGAAAAAGUCAAAAAAAUGAAGUAAAUGAAGAGGAAGAAAAAAAACAAGAAGGAAAUAAUAACAAGAACUGUUUUGAAAACGACCUAUAUAAAAAAAGUUCACACAUUUGUGAAAAUAAAUAUGUGAAUAACUUUUAUAAUAAUUCUAAUCUUUUUAAUGAAGAGAAAGAAAAUGAAUUCAAAUCAAAUAAAAAAUUGAAGAAUAAACAAAAUUUGUUGUCAUCAUUAAAUAAGUUAGAUAAUAUAUGUGAUAAUAUGGAUAAUAAUUCACAAAAUAAAAUAAAUAGUAAUGAAAAUUGUGAAUUAAAUGAUACCAAUUACUAUUAUAAUGAAAAAAAUAAAAAAAAAGAUGAAGAUAUAAAUAAUAAUAAUAAAAAUUCAAUAAUGAAGGAUAUAGAAGAAAAAAAUAUAAAAAAAUGCAAAAUUGAUAUUGAGAAUAGCGAAUCAAAAGAAGAAAAAAAGGAGAAUUUAAUAGAUUAUUACUCUAAUGGAAAACAUGAACAUAAUUUAAGAAAAGGAAAUAAUAUUGAAUCUCAUAAGGAAGAAAUGCAAGAAUUUGUUACUUUCAUAAAUAAAAUAAAAAUACAUAUUAAUGAUCAUAAAAAAAAUAAUCGUAUGAUAUCUAUUCAUCUUUCAGAUAUUUUUAUAUACUUCUUUAAUCAAACAGAGAUUUCUAAUUUUAUUUUUAAUUUGAAGAAAAUUAAUGUUCUUAAUUGUUUGUCUAAUAAUGAUAAUUAUAAUAGUUUUUUUCCAUAUAUAGAAAAAAAAAAUUAUACAAAUAAUUUAAGUAAAAAAAAUUCAAAAUUAAAUGAAAAAAAAAAAAAUUCCAAUGUGAAUAAUAUAUAUUUUUAUAAUAGCAUUUUUAAACUAGUAAAAAAUGGAAAUUUUAUUUUAUCAUUUUCAUCAAAAAACAGUUCAUCAAAUAAUGUUUCAGUAUGUUCUCAAAAGGAUCAAUAUAUAGAUAUCAAUUCAACAGAAAAAAAUUAUUUUUUAAAUAAAAUUGAAUAUCAGACAUAUAAUGAAAUUAAUUAUUUAAAAGUUAAUAAAUAUGAAGAAUUAUAUAAUAUCUAUAGUGACAAAAUAAAUUGUAAUAAUAUAGAAAAUUAUGAUAUUAAUAAUUGUACUAAUAGCAACAGUUUUAAUAAUUCAAAUAAUAAAUACUUUAAUAAUACAAGGGAUGAUAAUCAAAAUGACUUAACAUAUAAUAAAGAAAAUUUGAUUAGAAGAAAUGAAAAUGAAGAUGUUAAUACAAGUAAAAGUGAAAGUCAAGAUACUUAUGAAGGUGAAAGUGAAAGUGGAAAUGAAAACGAAGUCAAUAAUGAAAAUGAAAAUAAAGAUUCUUAUAUUAAAAAAAAAAGAAACCUAAUGAAGAAGCAUUUAAAUAGUACUAAUGUUUUUUUAAAAAAUAAGGAUGUUAAUGAUGUUAAUGAUGUUAAUGAUGUAAAUAUAAUUCAAAGAAGUCAUAAAAACAAUAUUAUAUGUAAAGAAAAUAUACAUAAUCAAAUGUUAUACAAUGAAAAAAAUUCUAAUAAUGGAAGUUUUAUAAAGGAAAACGAGAAGGUAGAUAAUGAUGAUAUUCUUCUUAAUAAUAUAUAUAAUAGGAAUAGAAAUAGAAAUAAUAUUAAUUUAAAUAAUACAGCAUAUUAUGAAAUAGAAAAACAAAACUUUCUUUUAAAUAAUUUGAAUAAUAAAACAUACUCAGAAAAAGAAAAUUGGAUUACACAUCAGAAUAAUGUUAAUAAUUUAUUAAGUUUAAAUAACUCAAUAAAAAAUAAUAGCAACUUCAAUUCAUCUUGUAUUCUUAUGAAUAGUGUAUCAUCAUCAGUAAUUCAAAAUGAUAAAUACAAAGAAGACAAUGUAAAUGAAGAUGUAGAAGAAGAAGAAAAAGAAGAUGAAGAAGAAGAAGAAGAUGAAGAUGAAGAAGAUUUAGAAAAAAAAAAAAAAGAAAAUGAGAAUAUAAAAAGUUUUGAAUUUCACAUGUUAAAUUCUCAAUUAAUUAUAGAUUAUUUAUAUUUUAUUAACUUAUUUAAAUGGUUUAAUAGACUAAGUAGAAAAUUUGAAAAAAUAAAGGAAAUUUCUGAUUUUGAAUAUAUUCAUAAUACGAAUGAGGAACUUAAUAUAAAUAAUGUAAAAUAUAAUUAUAAUUUUUUUAUACAGAAUAAUAGAAUUUAUACACCCAUAUACAAUUUAUCAAUUACACAAUACACUUAUUAUGAUAAUUUAAAAAAUAAUUCUUAUAUUUCCUUUUUACCAGUUUUAGAAUUUCAUUUUUCUUGUUCAUAUAAAUCAUUAAAUAAUAAUGAUGAAAAUAUUAAGUCUAUACAAGUAAGAAAUUUAGGAAGUAAAUUAAUUAUACCAUCUAUAAAUAUAUAUAAACACAAAAAAAAUAGAAAAUUUUAUAUUUGUGUUCUUAAUUUUAAUGGAAAAAAUAAAAAUAAUGAAACCAUAAUAAACGAUAUAAGAUUUCAAAUAAAUAUAAAAAGAAAAUUAAAUUAUGAAGUUUUAGAAAAUCAAGAAAAUAGUAGUAGUUAUGAAAAUUUAAAUGUAAGUAAUUAUGAUAAAAAAUUAUCUUCUUUAAAUACUUUUUUUACAGCCAUAUCAAAAAAUUCAUUUUAUGGGGACGUUAAUUUCAACUUGAAAAAUUUUAUUAAUGCAAAAGAGAUUAUAAGUUUUUAUAAUGACCCAAUUAUUUUAAAUUUUUCAAAUAAUAUUUUAAAAAAUGUAAUUAUAUGUUAUAACACUUUUUCUUAUUUUUUAAGUAGCUGCAGAAAAACGAACAAUAAUAAUAAUAAUAAUAAUAAUAAUAAUGAUAGUAAUAUAAUAAAAGAUAUAUUAGACUAUUUAUAUAAUCAAAAUGAUCUUUUAUUUGAGUAUUUUUUAGAUGAUAUUCGUUUCAAUUUUUAUGAUGGGAACAGUAAUAGAAAUAUGCCUCUUAUAGUAGUUAGUAUAUUUAAUAUAAAAUUGCUUUUUCAAAAGGAUAACAGUAUUUAUAACUUUUUAAAUUUUCAUUUACACAUAGAUAUUUAUGAUAGCUAUAAGAUAUUAUAUGAUACUUUAUUAGAGAAAAUGGAGAUAUAUAUAAUAUUUGAGAAUAAUAAAAAGAAAAUUAACAUUCUUAAUUUAAAAUUAGAAACAUCUUAUAUUAACGUUUUAUAUACUAAUAAAAAUAAAAAUAUUUUAAUAGGUUUAAUAAAAUCUUUUCUUGACAAAAAUUUAUAUUUUUUUUCCCCUUUAUAUAAAAAAAUGAAUAUUAUUAAUAAUAAGAAAAAAUGUAAUUUAAAAAUAAAUAGCUUUAUAAUAAAAAAAAAAGAAAAAUUGUCUUUUUCUCAGAUUACUUCAAAAAUUUACAAUUAUACUGGAUUACCAAUUAAUGUAAGAUUAAAACAGUCAUUAAGAAAUAAAAUCCAAAAAAAUAAUUUGAAUAACAAAAAUAAAAAUAAAUAUAUUUUUUAUGAAUUACAAAAUAAUGAGCAUGGAGGUUUGUUGAAUGAUGAAAACGGGGAAGUAUGUGAAGUAGUUGUUAUUAUAAAAAUUUUUAAUUAUGUAUUUGAGAUUGUUGAUAUAGAAAAAAAUAAAAACACAUGCGAAAUAAGAUUUCUUCCAAUUAUAUAUGAAUUAAAAAAGAUGAAUGAAAAAAAAAGGAUUAUCAUAAAAAAAUAUGAUUUUAAUUUUGAUAUGUAUAAUGAGUAUUCAUUCAGAAAUAAAACAUUUAAAACUUUUAUCAAAUUAUAUAUUCAAACAAAUAUUGAUGAAAAAGGAAUUGUGUCAAUAUAUUUUUCUUCUAAUUUGUUUAUUAAUAACACAACUAAUAGUAAUUUUGUUUUACUAUUUCAUCCAAUUUUACAUUAUUUUCAAUUAUUUAAUGAACAAAAUAAUCAAAAUAGUCUUAAAAAUAUUCAGAACAUUAAAAGCUUUAAUAAUAAUAGCAUAACGACAAUUAAAUCAAAUCAAAAAUAUUUCUUGCCACUUAUUUCCUUUGUUCCCACACUUAUCUUAUAUGAUUAUUUAAAUAGAAAAAAUAAUAUUGAAGAAAGUAAUGAAGAAAAAUCUAACAUAAAAAAUAAUUGUAAUGAUAACAAAAAUUACAGGAAUUAUAAUACAAUAAAUAAUAAGAGUUCCAGUUAUUAUAUUAACAAUAAUGAUAUUAAUUUAUUCAAGAAAAAAAACAAAAAAAGUGAAAGUUUUUCUUUUGAUUAUACAAAUAGAAAUUCUACCGUUAAAGAAAUUCAAAACUUCAAUAAAAGCAAAAAUUAUAAUUACUCAUUUAAUGAGUUUCAAAAUAUAUGUUCAAAUAAUUUAAAAUUAAAAAAUUAUAAAUUAAAUUUUCAAAAUAAUCAAAUAAGUGUAACGAAUAUUUCAAAGUAUAAAAGAAACAAAAAUUUAAAGUAUGAUUAUAUCGUUAAAUCACUAAAUUUAAAUAAAAUAAAUGAAGAAAAUAAAAUAAAAAAAAAUAAAAUUUUAAAGAGAUUAGAAAAAUAUAUAAGUGAAAAAAGUAGCAAAAAUAUUAAAAGCAUAAAUUGUAUAUAUAUAAUUAAAAAAGAAUUUUAUGAUUUUUACAUAAAUAAAUAUGAAAAUAAAAAAAGUUAUUUUGAAAUUUUUAAUUUUUUAAUGAAAAAUGGAGCAAAAAAGUUGCUAAAUAAUUCUAGUAUAAAAGAAAUUAUAUGCAGACAUUCAUUUGAUUUUUUAAAAUAUAAUAUAUACGCUCAAACAUUAAAGCUUAAAACUUUGAAAAUUAUUUUUUAUGAUAGGCAUAAUGGAUAUAUAAAAGAAGAAGAAUUAGAAAAACAAAACAUGAAAAAUGAAGAUGAUAAGUAUGAGGAAGAAAAUAUAAAUGAAUAUGAAGGUGAAUAUAAAGGAAAAAUAGGAAAUGAUCAUACAGAAAAAAAGAAUUAUGAAGGAUAUAAUCAUAACAAUAUAACACAUUUAAAUAAUUAUAAUGAUUAUAGUAGUGUAAAUAAUUCUAUUAUUUCUAAUGAUAAAUUAUGUAUAAAUGAAAGAAAUUUAAAUAGUUUUUAUUAUAAUAAAAUGGGUUCUAAAUUAAAUAGUCUCAUAAAAUAUGAUAUGAGUAAAAGUUAUUCUGGGAAAAAUAUAUUUAGUAAAGAAUUUUUUUAUUUAUACAAUUCAGAUGAGAAGAAAGGUACUAAAGAAAAUUACAUGAAGUCAGAGGAAGAAAUAAGAAAAAAAAAAAAAUACAUAUUCACAGCAAAAAAGCAAAGUAAUUAUAGUAAUACAAUAAUAUGUGAACAAAAAAAUUUAGAAGUUAAUAAAAUAUACUCAUUUGGUAUAUAUAUAGAUUAUAUAUUUGAAAUUCAUAACUUUUUAUAUGAAGAAAUAAAAAUAGGUUAUUGUCAAAAUUACUAUAUAAAUAAUUUACUAAAGAAGAUAAAAAGAAUUAAAAGAGAAAUUAUUUCACCAAAAUCUAUAAAAUAUUUAGAUAAUAUACCAAAUUAUAUUAAAUUAUAUUAUGUUUUUAAUCACAAGAAUUAUGUGUUUAAUUUUUUUUCAAAAAAAAUUCAGUUACAUCAAUUUACAAAUACACAUGAUAGAUCAUUCCGAAUUAAAAUGUAUAUCGGAUAUAUUAAUGAUAAUAAAAAUAAUAUUAUAUAUAAAAAGAAAAAAUAUAAAUUGAAUUAUUUCUUAAAAAAAAAUUCAGAAUAUAACAAUAAAAAAUACAUAUAUCUGGAAUCUAAAGAUUAUGAGUAUUUAUGUAAAGAAAUUCCGAAAUUCUUCUAUUGGAAUUUAACCCUAAGAAAAAAAACAGAUUUUAUAAAUACAUGUAAUGAAAAUAAUUUUAAGCAUGUAAUUGAUAGUAAUGUAUUACAAUUAUUAAUUUAUUCAUCAUUUUAUUUUCAAAACAAUUUAGACAAAGAUCUCAUAGUAAAAUCAAAUGGAAAUUCACAAAAAAUUAAAAAAAAAGCAGGAAUGUUUUUCGGUGAGGUUCUUAAUAACAAAGUAAUUUUUGAAAUUUUUUAUAAUAAUCAAAUAUAUGUAUCAAAAAAAAUAAAAAUAAAUGAAGUAUGUAUAAAUAAAAAAAUAAUAUUAACAGGUAAAAAUAAAAAAGAGAAUAUAUUUUUAUCUAUGAAUAUUACUUUAAAUGGUAAAAUAUAUAAUACGAAAACUAUAACUCUAAAUAAUAGAUAUACUAUUAUUAAUAACACUAAUCGAAUUUUAUAUGUUCAAGAAAUUAGUAAAGAAUUUAAAAUUAUUAAAAAAGAAAAAAAAAAUACAGAUUAUAAUAAUUCAGUUUCACUAGAUAAUUUCUAUAAGAAAAAUUUUUCACCUAAUAAUAAAAUGGAAAAAAUUAAUAUUAUAAGUGAUAUAAAUGAAUUAAAAGGAAAAAAAAAUAAAGAAAAAAAAUUUGAAGAGAGGGUAGAGGAUGAAAAAGAUGAAAAAAGAAUUCAUCAUUUCAAAAAAAAAGAAUAUAUAGAUUUAAAUGAUAAAAUUCCAAAAAAUACAUUGAAUAUAAUAUCUAUUAAACCACAUGAAUCAUUUUAUUAUCAUCCAAUAAAUACAAAUAAAUGUUUUUUAAAAUUUUCAUAUGCAGAUAUCAAUGAAUGCAUGAAUAAUAAUCAUUUUAUGGAUCGCAGAGGAAGUUAUGAAUUUAUGAAUAAUGAAAAUGAAGUAAUGAACUUAUUUAACGAUUAUUUAAAAAAGAAAAUAAUUAAAUCUAGAAGUUCAUCACUCAUAAACGAAGAAAAUUCAAAUGAUUAUUUAAAAAAUAACGAAGAUUUUUUUAACUUAUUUUAUACUAGUCCUAUAGAAAUUGAAAAAGUUGGAAAUUUUAAAAUUUUUCAUAAAACUAUUAAUAAAGUAGAAAAAAAAAUCAAAGAUACUGAAAAAAAAAAAAUUUUUAAUAAUUUAGAAAGUUCAACUGAGAUAAAAGAAAAGUUAAAGGAAAAUGAUUUUUCUAAUAUAGAAAAUAAAAGAAAUGAAAAUAAUUCAUUACAUAAAAGUAGUAUAAAUGAUGAAGCUUCUUUAAAUUAUGAUGAUAUUAUUUGGAAUGAAGGAAAUUACAAUAAAAUAAAUAUUAAUAAUGAAACAAUAUUAAUUGAUGAAAUCAAUAUUAAUGAUAAACAUAUUUUAAACGAUGAAACAAUGAUAAUAGAAAAUAACACUUUUUGUCUUGAAAAUGUUACGGAAAAACUAGAUGGAGAACCCUCUAAAAAUUUUAUAAUUGAUUUUAAUGAAAGUGAAAAGUUGAAUUUAAAUAAUUCAAAUGGUUUGAAAGAUAAAAAUGAUGGAAAUUUAAAUGAUGAAAAGGAUAAUAUGAAAUUGAAUGAUUUAAAUACUUAUAUAAUACCUAUAGAAAAUGAAGAAGAAAAUAAUGAAGGAAAUGAUGACAAAAAUAAAAAUGAAUUGGUGAAAGAAUAUCAAGAAUAUUAUUAUGAAUAUAAAGAAGAGAGUGUUAUAACUGAAAUUAAUAUAACUAUGAAUAGAAACACUAAUAUUGAAAUAAAUGUAUCUAUUGAAAAUAAUCCUGAUACUAUAAUUUAUAAUAAAACAAAUUACUACUUAAUUUUUUAUCAAAGAAAGACUAAAAAAAAAAUUGUGAACUUAUUAAAACCUUAUGAUAAAGAAAUAUUUGGAUGGUCAGACGUAUCAAAACCAAAAGUCAUAAAAUGCUUUUUAAUUUUUAAAAAAAAUGAAAUAUAUAUUUUUUCUUGUAAUUUAAAUAUUGUAAAAGAACACAAUAAUAUAAUUUUAAAUAAUAAUAAAAGAAUUAAUGUUUUAACAAAAAUUGAAAAUGGCAAAAGAGUAUUUUGCUUAGAAGAAUUAUGUAAAGAAAAUGAAGAAAAGUCAUUAGACCCAUUUAUAUCUUCUAAAGGUUCUAAUAAGUUUAAAACACAACAAAAAUUACAUAAAAUAAAUUUCUAUAAUAACAAUGAAUCUAAUGAAUUAAAAAAAAAGAGGUAUAUUAAAUUAAAGAAAUAUAGUUUAAAUAAUAAAGUAUCUCUAAUAAGCAAAAAACAUUUUAAUAUAGUAUAUUUAAAAAAGAAAAGGAAAAAAAAAAAAAAAAAAAACAAAUAUUUUCAUUUUCGUUCAUUUUUCAUUUUAAAAAAUAUCGAUUUAAAUAAUAAGGAAAAAAAAUCAGAAAAUUUAAAAAAAAAAAAAAAUAAGGGAAUAAAUAAAAAUAUUUCUCAUACAGAAUUAAAAAAAAGUAUCAGUUUCAAGGAUUUAGAAAAAAAUAAGAGAAAAAUAAAGUUAAAAAAAAUCUUUUUAAAAAAAGGAGAAAAUAUAUCUGCACCAAAAAAGUCUUUAUCAAAAAUCAGAAAAAGUCAUCCAAAAAAAUACAUAAAUAAUUUUUUUUAUGAAAAUAAUUAUUUUCAUAAAGAAAAAAAGUAUUCAUUAUCAUUAAAAAAAAAAAAGUCUAUUGCAGAACAUAAUGACAUUUUAAAUGUAAAAUACAAAAAAAAAAAAAAUUAUGAUGAAAAUAUAAAUGAAAGUUUUUUAAGUUCUAAUAAAGAUUCAAGUGAUGGUAAUACAAGUUUGAGUAAUAAAUCAAAUUUAUACAAAAAUAAAAAUAGUAAGAGUUCUACGAACAGUUACGGUGAAAAUGGUGGUGAAAAUUAUGAUGAUAUAUAUUUAGUUAAUAAAAAGAAAAAUAAAAAAAAAAUUAAAAGAAAGCUUAGUGAUUAUAUUUUUAAGAAAAUUAAAAAAAAUCGUAAAAAAUUAAAAGGUUUAACAAAAAUUUACCCUAUUUUUUUAAAAAGAAGUAGUAGAAGUGAAGAAUUAAAUGCAAUGAUUAGAAAUUAUUUAUCUAAUAAAGAAACUAAUAUAUGUAGCCAAGAUAAUAUAAAAAAUAAUGAGGAAAGCAAUACUCUUCUUCAUCCUUAUUUAGAUAGUGAAGAAGUAAAUCCGCAAAUUUUAAAAAAUUGUAGUAGUAAAAAACAAAUAAAAGAAAAUUCAUCAAUAAAAUUUAUAACUAAUUUGCAACUAAUUCUUAGUGGUAUAAAAAUAAAUUUAUUUGAACAUUCAUCAGAUUAUAUGAUUUCUUUUGAAUUAAAUGAUUUAUUAUUUAAAAAAGAAUAUAUAGAGAAUAUAGAUUAUUAUAAUGUAGAUAUAAAAAUAAAUAAUAUAUUAUGUUAUGCUAUUUAUAAAUAUUUAAGCGCGUAUGCUAUUUUAUAUACAAAUAAUGAUAUUAAUUUAAAAAAUAAUCAUUUAAGAAUGUUAAUUAGUGAAUUACAAGUAAAAAGGAAGUUAUUUUUAGAUAAAACGUAUGAUAUUAAAAGCCUUAAUUCAUCUAUGUCAUCAUUAGGUAGCAACAUAAAUAACAUAUCAAACGAAAAUGAUAUCGUUGAAAAUUCGGAAUUUUUAAUUUGCAAUUUUCAAUAUAUAAGAAAAUGUGAAACUCUUUUUUUCAAAUAUUUUUUAUUAAGUAUAAAACCAUUGGUAAUUAAUGCUGACAUCAAUUCAAUAACUAUUUUGUUUUAUUUUUAUAAAACUUUUUACACUUAUAACAAAAAAAAAGUAGAAAAGGAAAAUGUAGAAAAUUAUUCUGAUAGCUCUAAAAGUGAAAAUAAUAAAAUUAAAAAUGAAAACAACGUAAAUGAAAUAAAGAAAAAUUAUUAUUCUUCUUUUGAUUCAUUUGGAAAUAUAGAAAGAACAGAAGAGAAAGAGAAAGAGAAAGAAGAAAAAGAGUGGAACAAGAAGAUGGAGUCAUUUAUAAAAGAGGACAAAAAGAAAAAAGAGAUUAAGGAAACACAAAAAAUAAAGGAAAAUGUAGAAAAAAAUGAAAUUAAUAAAUAUGUAUAUUUGCAAUAUAUAAGUAUAGAUAACAUAAAUAUAUUAUUAAAUUUUCAAUCAGAAUAUAAAAAAGAAUUAAAUAAUCAUGUUAAUGAUUUGUUUUAUAAAGAAUAUAUUAGUGCAUAUAAUAAAUUAGGUGAUAUAUCAAAUUGCAAUAUUUAUUUAAAAAGUUUAUCAAAUAUACACAUAUUUACAAAUUAUCAUCUUCUUAUAAAUUUUCUUCAAAAUUUCUACUAUAAUCAAACAGUAGUUAAUAUUUCUAAUCUUUUAAUUUCUUUUAAUAUAAUUGGUAGUCCCACUUCCUUAAUUGCUCAUAUAAAAAAAGCAUUUAAUGAAUUUUUUUAUAUUAUUAAUGAAAAUUCAAUUAUUAAAAAGGAUUAUAAUAUUAUGAUACAAAAAAAAAAUAAAAAGGAGAAUAUUGAAACUCCUAAAAAAUAUGAAAAAAAUGAACUGAUAAAUUUACUAAAUGAAUCCAAUGAAAGUUCAUUUAUUGAUGAAAAGGAGGAUACUGUAAGUAAUAAAAAAUACAUUAUGCAUAUUUUAAAUGAUUAUAAUUCAUAUCAGAAUAAUUUUUUUAAUGAAGAACAAUAUUUUAAUAAUUUAAAGAAAAAUAAACGUUGGAAUGUAGUAAAAAGAGAAGAGGAAAUUCCUUUUAACAAUUUAAAUUAUUUUCACAAAAAUAAAUUAAAGAACAGAGAAUUCGAUAAUCUAGUUAUGGAUGAUAAUGCUUCUCUCAAUUCUGUACUUUUUAAUGAUAGAAAAAAUGUUCUUUUGGUAAAUAAAGAAGAUAAUAGUAAAAAUAAAAAUAACAUUAAAAGGGGUUAUGGUAAUAAAGAAAUAAAAAAAGCAAAAAAAAAGUGCUUCCCCUUUGCUAGACAAAAGUGUAUAUCAGAUGUUCAAUAUAUAUGCACAAAAGGAAGGAGAAUUUUAAUUGGAUUAUAUGUUUUAUUUAUUCAGUUGAUAUUAUCGUUGCUUUUUUCUAUUACAUUAAUUUUGCAAUCAUUAAUUAAUUUGAUUGAAAAAAUAAAUAUUAAUAAUGUUGACAAUGUAUUCUUAAUAUUUAAUAAAAAAUAUGAGAGAAAACAAAUAUUUGUUUUUAAUAAUAUAGAGGAAUAUAAUAAUUUUAAUAUCACAAAAUUAUUUUAUUAUUAUUUAAGUAUAUAUAUUAAUAUUGUAAAAUUUAUUUGUCACAAUGUAUUAUAUAAAAUGAGGAAGAAUAAAAAAGAUUUAUCAGGAAAAAAUAAAAUUUUCAUAAAAAAAUUAAAAUCUAAUUUAAAAAAAAAAAGAAAAUUUUCUUUUAUUUUAAAUUUUUUCCUAGAUAUCUUAAAUAUUAUAAAUAUUUUCUUAUUUGGUCAUAUUGUGUUUUCUCUUUUAUUUCUUUUAACUAUGAAUAAUUUGUUUCAAAAAUUUUUGAAGUGGUGUAUAAAAUUAGUAUAUUAUCAGCGUAAUCAGAAUUACCUAGAUUUUUUAAAUAAAAAUAAUAUAAAUCAUAUGAAUAUUAUUAGUUAUAUAAAAAUUAAUCAAAUAAUAAAUAAAUAUAUUGUUUUAAAAGAACCAUUUAAGUAUUUUUUAUCAUAUGAAGAUUUUAUGUAUUCUUGUGCUCCUAAAAAAAUGCAUUAUUUUGUAUAUACAAAGGAAUUAUUUUUUUAUAUUGAAGAAAAUAAAAUAGUUUUUUUAUUUAGAAAAAGUGAUUUAAAAAAAAUUGAUAUUAUUAUUCAUACAGGAAAUCAUAGUUUUGCAAUUAAUAGUUAUUACAAAAGAAAAGGAAGUAAAUUUAUAAAAAAAAGUAGAUCUAAAAAUACUUUUUCUAAUUAUGCUAUUAAUUUGGAUAAUAUGACAUAUGAAGAAAAUAAUAGCAUUUCUACUUCUUUUUAUAAUAAAAGUAGUAUAUCUAAUAAUAUAAUAGAAAAUAAAAAUAUAAUAUAUUUGUUAAAUUCAGAAUUAGCAUUAACAAAAAGAAAUGAAAUUAUUAAUUUAAAUAAUAGGAAUUAUAAUUAUAUUAUAUCUGUAAAAAUAACUAUUAAAAAUAAUAUGAACAUUGUAGAAAGUGCUUAUUAUAACCCUAAGAAAUUUUUUAAGUCUUACUCAAAAAUUCAAAAAAGUUUCAACAACAUUUACCUUCCUUUAUUUAAAAACAUAAAUAAUGAUAUAAAGUCAAAUAAGGAAAAAAAUCAUAAUAAUAAAAAGAAUAUAGUAAAAGGAAAUAAUAACAUAAGGUUUCAUAGUUUUGUUAUUGGUUUGUUUUCAUUUUUAAAAAGAUUUUUUAAUUAUUUUCCAUUUACAUCAUUACCUAAAUCAAGGUUAAAAAAUAAUAUAACACAUAUAAAAAAAAAUCCAAAAGAUAAAAUAGGAAAGGAAAAUAUGCAAAAUAAAAAAAUGAAAAAUAAAGAUUUUAAAAAAAUGACACCUAAUAACAUUACUUUUAAAUUAAAUUUCGAAGAUUUUCAUUCUAGUUUAAAUAUUUUUGAUUGUUUGUGCCGCUAUUCUAAUGAUAAUUAA